CUGGUUCUCCGGACAGCAAGGCCCAUUCUUCUUUAUUUCUUUAAGUUUGCUUCUUCUCACAAGGUAUAGUAUUCAAUAAGUUAGGCAUCAGGAUCAUCGACAUGGGAACAUAAAUAGAAAAGUGUACCAAUAGGAUUAUCAUAGACCGUUGUCUUUACAUUUUCUAAUGGGUAUAAAGCUAACCGUGCUCAGUAUCAUGUUUCUGUGAAGCAUAAUAGCAUAAAGUGUGCUCUUGCCUUAAAAAGAUGGCAGUUAAGAAACUGGAACACCAUACUUCAAGGUGAUCCCAUAUCAUAAAGAAAAAUUGAAAGGAUAGAUUUCUCUUCAUAUAUAUUUAAAAGAGAUCUCGUGAGUCACAGCCUUGUCUAAGUUGGCUUCCAUGAUGCUUAAGGUUAUGGUUACUCACAACCAGUGAAUCUUUUUUUUCUCCUUAGAAGAACAAAACAAGACUUGACAGAUUGAGAAGGGAAAAUAUCUAGUGACAUCUACCAACCAUGAGCGAUUUAAACACUGAAAGAUCAAAGCCAUGGAACAUAUAUCCAUCUUCAAACUCGGGUCCAUCACAAACGGGGUUUGAUGAGGAAACUCCAUGGAAAAGCUUAGGAACAUCUAUGAGUGCUAUUUCUUUUGGUUUUGUUGCCACGGCCAUUUUGAUUUCAAUGUUUCUUAUAAUGGCCAUAUUUGAACAUUUGUUCAAACCGAGUCCACAAUUUUCCACGCCACAAUCUAUGCUGGCAAGUAGUUAUCAGGACCACUCAGUACCAACCGUAAAACAAGGAAAUGCCCAAUCAGUUCCAUCAUCUUAUGCGUCUGAUUUCUCAGUCUUGAUGCCAGGGCAGCAAUAUCCUACCUACAUCGCCCAACCUGCUCCUCUGCCGUGUCCAAGGGAAGGGAUUUAUUGGCCUUCUCAUGAACAUCAUUUUGUAUUUAAUUAGCACAUUUUCUUACCUAUUACUUGUUGUCAAUGAAUUUCUCUGUAUACAGAUACUCAGAGAUGACCAACUUGUGUCAAUUUUAUACAUAUAUAUUGUAAGUUACAUAU